AUGGUCCGUCUUGGUGCCCUUGCGGGCGUGCUAGCCCUCGCUGCCUCUGCCCAGGCAUUUCAACCGCCCCUUCACAUCCAGAGGCUGCUUCAGCAGGCCAAGACACAUGGCAAUGCUCGUGUCGAGGAUGUGGCAGCCGCCGCACCUGACUACAAGGAGUACUUCCUGCAGACUCCCGUGGACCACUUCCACAACGAGUCAAAGUAUGAGCCGCAUUCAAACGAGACCUUUGGGCUUCGCUAUUGGUUCGACGCCCAGUACUACAAGCCCGGAGGCCCCGUCAUCGUCCUUGCGGGCGGAGAGACCAGUGGUGCCGGCAGACUGCCCUUCCUGGAAAAGGGUAUCGUCUACGAGCUGACAAAGGCUACUGGUGGCCUCGGAGUCAUCCUUGAGCACCGCUACUACGGCACCAGCUACCCCACCGAGGACUUCAGCACGGAGAACCUCCGGUUCCUCACCACGGAGCAGUCACUGGCCGAUACGGCCUUCUUUGCCAAGAACGUCAAGUUCGAAGGUCUCGAGGAUGUCGACUUGAACCCCAAGACGACACCAUGGAUUGCCUAUGGUGGAAGCUAUGCCGGCUCCUACGUUGCCUUCCUGCGUAUGGUAUAUCCCGACGUCUAUUAUGGUGCCAUUUCGUCCUCGGGUGUCCCGGAAGCAAUCUGGGACUACUGGCAGUACUUUGAGGCUGCCAGGAUCUACGCUCCUGGCGAGUGCUCUAUCACUACUCAGAAGCUUCAAAAUGCGGUCGACAACAUCCUUAUUAAGCAGAAGGGCACAAAGUACCCGGCCCAGCUCAAGCAGGCCUUUGGGUACAGCGGCACAGCCAACGAUCUUAACUUCGCUGGCGUUCUGUCGACUGGCAUUUACGGCCUGCAAAGCUACAACUGGGACCCAGAGGAGAGCGACAACUCCUUCUUCGACUACUGCGAAACCAUCUCCUCGGAUGAGGUCAUUUUCAACAACACCGAGGCUAAGCGAGAUGUUGUCAAGGAGCUUCUGACUGUCGGUGGCUACGGUGAAGAAGUGGGAGUUCUCACCAACCGCACGCUGAACUGGAUCGGCUGGCUUUACAGAACUGUUGGCUUCGCCUGCGAGGGCGAUGACGAGUCCUGCUUUGGCGUCGCCAGUGCCAGCACGCUUGCUGCCGUUGACCACAGCCAGACCUGGCGGCUAUGGCAGUAUCAGGUUUGCACAGAGUGGGGUUAUCUCCAAACUGGCAGUGGCACACCCGAGGAUCAGCUGUCUAUGAUUUCCAGACUCAUUGAUCUGGAGUCACAAGCUGUUAUUUGUCAAACAGCUUUCAACAUCACUGAGCCUGCUGAUCUCGAGAUUGUCAACAAGUUUGGCGGCUUCGCUGCGAGCUACCCGCGGGUUGCUUGGCUGGAUGGCGAGUGGGAUCCAUGGCGUGCUGCCGGUGUCCAUGCCAUUGGACUGCCUCCGCGUGAAUCGACUGUCAGCGAGCCUUACAUCUUGAUCGACAAGGCUGUCCACCACUGGGAUGAAAAUGGUGUCUUUGAGAGCGAACAGACGCCAGACUUCCCCCCGAAGCCUGUCGCGGAAGCCAAGACUCAAAUUCGGGAGUUUGUCAAGGCUUGGCUCGCAGAGUGGGGUACGGGUUAUUGA